GCGAGGUACCAGAUUGUAUGUUGAGCGUCCGGAGCAGGUUCGCUUGACCGUGAGAAGGGAAAAUUCAUGAAAGUGGAUUAACCGGACUGAGAGGGAUGAGUGAAUUCCGAUUGCUAUCGUAACUUUAGGAUUCAUUUAUUGACUUUUAGUUGACGCUUUCGUGGUGAUUGUGGUUUAGUAUGUGACAAGGGGAAGCAGGGGCUUACAUCUACGGAAGGUAUUGUCUUGUAUACUUUUAGUCUAACAUAUUUACCUGCCUAAUAAUUCAUAAUACAACACAAAACCAGGUUGUUUCAGGAGCCAUAGGAUUCGAGUGGAUUAUUGCAAUAGGGUAUAAAAUGUUCUUUAUUUUUAAACUCAUUUUUAAUUUGACAAUGUUUGUAAAUUCGUUUGUAUUCUAUGUGCAUGCUGAAUAUGAUGUGCAUUCUAUUCUAGUUGGAUUAUUUUCUAACUUUCAUUAACUCAAACAACUGUGUAUUUAUUACAUUGGCAUAACUGUUGCAUUUGCGCUUUGGCUUCUGUCAGAUGCUUGUGUAAUGUUUCAGGAAUGUUUUAUUCAUUAUCUGUAUGUAUACAGAAUCUUCCAACGUUUCCUUAUUUGGUUCACGCAAUUAUUGCGUUUCUUUCGAGUAACAGCAUCACUUCCUGGUGCCAGGUAUGAGUCAUAGGAUAUUUCUGUAUAGACUUACUGUGAAACAUUGCUUUGUCUGUUAUCAAGCAAAUGCUUUUAGACCUACAAAAGUCACAACAGAAUGGAAUACAUUUAUAAUAAUUACAUAAUCUGCAUACAAAUAUGUUAAUGCUAUUUAAUUGAAGUGUCAAUAUCAACUCAAAUUACUGAAUGUCAAUUCUUGUUUACAUGAAGUCUUUUUGUCCAGUGAUUGGCAUCUGUUGGCCCCUCCAUACAGCAUAGACAAGAAUCCCUUCACUAAACCAGUUUCACAGAUACAGAUUGACACUUUCCAUAAGAGAUGAAAUGCGCCAUGAACAAACAAUAGAACUGAAUCUACCUAUAACAGUGAGGUCUCACCCUUAUCCUUUCCCUAUGUGUGAACAGGCAGUGCAGGUGGUAAUGGAGUCAUGGCAUCUCUUGCUAGGGAUGUAUUUUGUGUCUGAAUAACACUGAUGUAGAUGGAAGUAAGUGGAAAGCUGAAGAGUUGAAAAAAGGCAGGAGAGAGAGAGAGAGAGAGAGAGAGAGAGAAAGGAUGGAAGAGAAAUGUAGUGACUGAGGAGAGAAAAUAAAAGUGAAACAGCAUUUUGGUCAAAGCAACAAAAAGGUCUCGGGGCUUUCGGAAGGAAAGUGUGCAGCUGGAUUAUGAAGACAGUGAACUGUUCAGGAUACAAUGCUGCUGGUUUUUCCUGCCUGAAAAGAGGUGAAGAAGAAUAGACAAUUAUCCAUCACUAACGUAAGACACGAUAAAGGCAAAUGAGAGGGCAGAUAAAUGGUUCUAUAUGUAUGACAUGUUUGAUCUCAGGAGCACUCAAUUUAAUAUAUUUUGACCGUGCACUCUGUAGACUUCCAUUCCUCAGUCAAUUAGAUUGAUGGUGAGAUUGCUUUGUGCAGAGACUCCAUUGAGUAGGAAGAAAAGCCAUAAGGCAUUAGACUAGAACGUGGGAACAAAGGGGAGAAGAGUGAGAUAUUCUAACUUCUGUGAGGCAUUUUCCAUCUGCUCUGCUCAGGCAUUGUAACUUUUAUCCACUUAUCCACCCACACGCAGUGCUGCUCAACUCAACCCAGGCUCCCCUAAGUAGUGAUACAUUUCUGCAACCUUUUACCAGCUGGUAAGAUGACAGUAAGACUGACUUUGUUCUGUUUUUUGUGUUUUUUUUUUAAUCUAUUUUUUUCCCUCAUCUUAUUCCUACUGUAUCACUCCAUUCUAGUCCUCUAAUGCACCUCUUUCUGUUUCACACCCCCUUCAUCCUCCCUUCUUCCCCCUCUCCCUCCCCCGUGUACCGUUCCUCUCUUCACGCUGUCUGUCUGUGACCUCUCCAUCAUCCAUCCACCUUCUUCUCUUUUGUUCCAACCUCGUCCCCUGUAACUCCCGUAUCUUGCUGUGCAGACUCUCUACCAAUUGUGUGUGUGCCAUCUAUUGUAUGUCUGUGUCGGUGAGAAACCCGCCACAGCGGCGGCGCUCUCUAGGUCCCGUUUUGCCUAAACGCAUCUACAGAAACCUGUCGGUCAGGCUGAGGGGCGGAGAGUCCUCUUUUUCCGGAGAGACAAACAUGCCGAAACAUCCAUGCAAGGCCACUCACACAUAUAAGAACCUGUGGGAGGCAGUGGAGAAUGAGGACACCCUGGCGGUGCAGAGCCUGCUAUGCAGGGACAGAGUGUGUGGCAGAGGAGGAGGACAGGAUAAAGAGAAGAAAGAGAAGGACUGGGAAAGAGAGAGGGAGAAAGGUGUAAACAGAGUGAGUGAGCAGGGCCUGGUACCUCUGGACGUGGCUGCUCUAACCCAGAACUCCCCUCUGCUGCACGUGUUGACAAAGGCAGGAGCCAGACACAACCCCGUCUUGUGUCUUCCAGCGGAGUGGUUGUUCAAGCUGGAUGCCCUGGUGAUGUUGGCCGACAGGCAGGUGGAGGACAGGAGGGAGGAGCUACUGGGUGGAGCAGGGGCGGGGCCACAUGUGCAGGCCGACAUACAGAGGCAGCUCCACCUCUGGACUCUGCGGCAGCAGCUGUACUGCAGGAUGAGGGAGAGCUUCCACCACACAGACCUCCCUGGCCCACCCAGUAGCGUGUCACUGUUUGUGACCAGUGCCUCUUCCCUGUUUGUGUCCAUUCGAGAGCCAACCGGUAUCGCCACUGGAUUGAUCACCCGCUACAGAGUGGAAUGGAGCACCUUUGCGAACUUCAAGAGUAUACUUGGCUCAGCCCAGGUGAUCGACACUAAGACCCCCAUCCACAGCAUCACAGGACUCACGACAGGAAUGCACUACUUUGUGAGAGUGACCGCCUACAAUGUGAAGGGAUGGGGCCCGGCUCAGAGCUCCAGCCCAGUCAGUGCUGCCCCCUCCAGCUGGAGGGAGUGUAUGGGAGUGAAAACUCCAAGCAGGAACAAGGAGGCUCUAGCCAGGAGACUGUUGGAGCAGACCAGAGAGCCACACUACAAGGGAUACUGUAUAGAGAGCUCCAAGCCCCAGAGCCCCAGUAAGCGCCUGUCUAUGUCUCGCAGCCUGAAGCUGCUCUUCCAGUCUGCCACCAAGUUUGUCCGUCUCCUACAGAGGGGUGUAUACCUGGCAACUGUGUUCUACAGAAAGGAAAACAUCCUGGUCACAGCAGAUGACCAGCUCCCAUUGGUGGAGAUCAAGUGCUGCUCCACCUCCGUCUCUCAGGACUUCCUUUGGUUUGCCAAGUUGUCCUGUGCGUGGCAACAGGUGCCCUGGCUCCAGCAGGCCCUCUCCUCCGCUCUCUCCUCCUCUUCAUCACUACUUCAGAACAGGCACAAUAUCUUGCAGGCUGUAGCACAACUACAGUCCUCUCUGGGGACAGUAGACUUGGGGCAGGUGUACUAUGAGCCUCUGAAGGACAGGCAGGGUAACGUCCUGCUGGUGACAGUGAAGGAUUGUGCGGCCCACACAAAACCCCCGGACCUCCCUCUCCACUGGGUCCCCCUGGCCUGGCUGGAGAAGAACCGGAGCAGGACCCCUCUACUCCCAGAGCCUACUGCCAUGGACACCCUCACAGAGCAGCUCAAGGAGAAGCUGUCCUUCCACAGACGCAGUGUCCAGUGGGCCCAGCCGGGCCUGUACGUGGGCAUCUUGAAGCUGUGCAGCACAGUGGAGCAGAUCAGGGUUCUAGUGCCCCAGAGGCUGCCCAACCUGCUAUGCCACGCCAGAGUGCGCCACAACCCCCAUGUGUCCCGCGAUGAAUGGGCGUGGUUACAAAGCCACAACAUGUUAAUAGUCAAUGAGGACCCAGAGGACGUGGGUGAGACCUCGAUGGACAGCUCUGGGCUGGGGGACUUUGUGAGGUCACUCAGGGCCGCUGUCACUCUCCUGUUGACAAAGCUCAACAUCCCCCUCUACAGGGCGUAUCAGUACGGUGUGUACACUCGGGAGCUGCUGCAGUUUGGGGAUAAGAUGUCCAUGCUGCUCCUGCUGCCCCCCAGUGAAGACUUCAGUUCUAGCUACUGGCCCCUAGUGGGCACCAAGGAGCCAGGCCUCACAAUGCCACUGCAGAUCUUUGAGCUGGUGCACUUCUGGACGUACGAGCAAGACUUCCUGUCUCAGUACUGUCAGGUCUGGGUUCGGUUGGAGCUGGACGCUCAUCUGUCCCAGCAGGCUUUGCGAGAAGCUUUGGACACGAAGGAGGUGCAGGAGGCCAGAGACCGCCUUGGUCACAUCACUCAGCUCUCACAGAGUCUUGAGGUGGUGUGGCGUGAGGCCCGGUGGAUCAUGGAUGUCCUGCAGUGUGUCCGCUCUAAACAGUGGGUGGGGGCGGUGCCUCUGGGCCUGGUCAUGGGAGGAGACCCACCUGCCUGCCCAGACGAUGAGGAGGAUGACAGGCCUACCACCAGAGUCUGGCCCCAGCGCAUACUCCCUCAAAAGAAAAUAUCAGAGAGCAUUACCUGCACUGUUACAGACGUUGGUGUCAGCAGUGGGAUCUCUGAGCCAAUAUGUAUCCCGGGGGUCCAUGAAAAGGCUGUGAGUUUAAUUGAGGGGGCUAGCAAAGGGGGGUACCCCGUGGACCUCAGUGCCCAACAGCCUGUUGUGGCGUUCAACAGCCUGGACCAGUUAGGAGUUGGGUUUGACAGUGUGGCCCAAUCAGAAGUGGUAUAUCAUAACAUUAUGGCCCAAUCAGAGGUGGCAGAUCAUGACAUUGUGAACCUGCCAGCUGCCUACAGUGGAGAACUGGAGUAUCCGCACAGUUUUGUCAGUGAUGUGAUCCUGCCUCUACCAGAGCUGGACAUCAUCUUCCCCACACUGAGUCUGAUAGAUGAAGAGAGGGAGGAGGACCCUGUACCUGGGAGGAUGGAUAUGCUUGACAGUUUAAGUGUUGGAGUCAGUGAAAGCGAGGCUUUCUUUGGACUAAACUCUGACUUGAUGAGUGGACCUAAGGGUUGCUCUCUCUCUGAUGUGCAUCAUGAUACGAACUCACUGACAGCAGGCCUUAGUUUAGGAGACAGAACCUGUGCAGAUACACUGUUCUCAGGUCAUUUAGACGGGCUGGCCACAUCUGCCCCUCUUCCCAUUGUGAGGACCACACCUGCCCAGAGCUGGGAUUUACCUACAGAGGACACUAUGAUACAUGCUGGCAACAGGGGGGGCAGCAUGCCAGCCAGGAGCCAGGUUGAGUGGGUGAACUCCUCUAACCAGGCAUCCUGAUGUAUCCAGAUAUUAUUAGAACUGAACGUUACACCGAAAUACAUUGCACUUACUCAUCGUGCCUCUCGAAGAAUUUGACAACCAAUUCUCAACUAAUUCUUAAUAUCCUUUCAGUGCCUUUAAGCGAGUUUGGCAAACGGUGGGAUAUUCAUGGUUGUUUUCUCAUCACAUUAUCUGACUCUCUGUAGUUGUUCCAGUGGUGAUAUAAAAGGCCUGUCUCCAAGAGACCUGCUAGACAUGUUCAGUGCUUCUGUAUGCGAGAUGUCUCCCUGUUGCAAGUUGUAUUAAACUGAAUUGAUUUAUGAUUGUCUAUAUCCACAACUGCUAUUCUCUUUUGUUCAAUGUAAAAUAGUCUUUACCGUAUUGUGCUCUAUUAAUCCAUUGCACUUUUGUCCUUAUAACACACAACUAGCUAGUAGCAACGAACAUUGUUGGAAGGAUUGGACCAAGGUGCAGCGUGGAAGGCGUUCAUCAUGUUUAUUAAUGUGAACCAGCAACAAAACAAUAAAGAGUAACAAAACGAAUGUGCAGCUUUGGACUGCAAAAAGGCUACAUUAAAAAAACAAGAUCCCAAACACAACAGGUGGAAAAAAGGCUGCCUAAAUAUGAUCCCCCAAUCAGAGACAACGAUAGACAGCUGCCUCUGAUUGGGAACCAUACUAGGCCAACCUAGAAAUGAAAAACUAGAUUGACCACCCAAGUCACACCCUGACCUAACCAAAUAGAGAAAGUAAAGGAUCUCUACGGUCAGGGCGUAACACUAGUCUAUAGUAAAAUCAGUUGAAUGGUUUAUAUUUAUGAAAUGACCAAAUAAAAUAUUUUCAGCUGUA